AUGAGGGUCUCUCCAAUUGCGAAAGAGAUAUUUUCACGUGCAGAAGUCAUCAAACAGCGUCUCAAGGUCAUGUCACAACCGUCAUACCAACCGGUUGAGAUCCCCGACCCACGCUUCUCGUAUCGCGACCUAGCCCCAUGCUGGCAGGAGCCUCUCGAGACUAUAGAAGAGAUCCCUGCGUUGGAAAGUGACUCCACGGCUGGAGAUAGCCUUCCUGAGAUAAACAAGCUUAUUCAAAGAACACUUGUGAAGGUCUCGCCUCAGCGGCCGGCGACGGUACUGAGGCCGGAGGUGUACUUACAUAUGGCGGCCAAGGUCCAGAUGAUUGUUAAAGAUUUUUCUGUAAAGGAAGCGUUGGAAAUUGUGGCGGUGCUAAAUGCUGGAACAUUUGUUGUGGAUAAACGGGGGGUGACAGAUGUUUGCGAAAAAAUAAAAAGUAUCUGCUUUGACAAUGAUGUUUUGCUACGAAUUACCGGUGUAGACGUUGACACACAGGUUUUUGAAAUGCGUGUGAUUGAAACCAAACUCUCCGCGGUUCCCAAGGUCAAGACACCACCUCGUCAAAUUUUCCAUUGCCACUUCUCCGAACAGGGCAGCAUCUGGGACCAGCUUGAACAGGAACAAAAGACCGACUCUUCCCAAACCCCUGAAGUCCAAAUGUUCACACCAGUGGUCUCGUCACAUCCUCAAAGACCAAGGAUGACAACUAGGAGCACCCGGAAGUUCUCCGUAGCCGACUAUGGAUCCCCCUUCUUCGGCACUACACGAGAGAGGCGCACCUGCUACAACGAAUUCAUCCCCCUCGACCGCUGGUCAGCCGCUGCAACAUACGACUUCAAAAGAAAGUUUCAUCCGACGGGCUUUGGCCGAAGCAGAGCGAAGUUAAAUACUCUUUCCCGCUCGCCUGACUCAGAUGAGAAUCCUUUUUUGGCCACUACGAGCAAGGCCCUGCAGAAGCGGCGUUUGCAAUUCUUUGGAGUGGAGGCCCGGGUUGACGACGAGGGGAAGACCAGCUUCGUUGAUUCUACUAAGCCGGUUAGUACCUGGAUCGAUGUCAAAACAGCGUCUAGAAUCCCACGCCCGCUUGGGGGGUUUCCCAGAUCAUUUUCUGCACCUCCCGCCUCAGAGGGUAGGACACCAGCCUACCAAGCAGAGCGCCAACCAGCACGCCAACUAGAGUGCCGAGGAGAGCGUCCAAGGCAGCAACAGGGGGAGCCGGUCAACUCGGUGCGUCCUACACAAGCGUUUCAGCGACGCUUCCUUCUCUAG